AUGACCUGCUGCAUUCACCUUUCGUUGGUUGCUAGGCACUUGGUUGGCUGGGCGACACAUGGUACAGCGUACCAAUUGCCAAUAAUAUCGUUAGUUCAGUCUGGUGUGGCAGUCUUUCUUUUGAAUCGAUCCGACCACCCGACCAUAAUGGUAGCAAAUGGUGCUGACGAGGACGCAACAACAACACAAGUUGAGGUGGAAGACAUCACAAAGCUAGAGAACGAUACAGUUGUGGGUGUAAAGCGUCACGAACGCGAGGAUGACGUUGAUUCAUUAGUGAAUGCCGUUCCACACGCAACUGUUGACGACCCAGGCGACUCGCAGGACUCGCAAGCUACUCAGGAUGACGAAAUUAGCGAGGUUGUGGCAAAGCUAAAAGAAUCCGUCGGUGUGGACGUUGCAUUUGAUGCAGCUGCAGCUGCUGCGGCUGAAGUGCCGCCCCCAGAGGCAAUGAAAACUGAUACGUCUACGCCGGUAGAAGACGCAGUUAUGGCUGCGGCUGCUGCAAGUAUUGGUGCUGACCCGAAUGCAAUCGCUAAUGUCAAAUUUGAUAGCAAACGUAUGGCACGCGUGUCGUUCAACUCGUGGUUCGACUUCGAUUCGUACUUUGAAAUGUACAUGCAGGAGACAUUCCAGCCCUUCCGCAUGCGAUCAUCUUGUAGUGUUGAAGCUUACCGUCGCAACCAACAAAAGGUCAUGCUGAAUAACAAAAGCUCACGUGGACGUCGCGCCGAGUUCCCAGAUGAAGCCAUUCAUCACCAUCGGAUAUAUAUGUGUACUCACGCCAUGAAGGCGCGUUGUCGUGGUGCAAACACCCGGCCAGGACAGAAAUAUCGUGGUAUUGGCUGCAUGGCCAAGAUCAAUGUUAAAAUAACCCCAGCUGACAAUCCUUCGAAGUACAUGGUCAUCGUCACGGAUCAGGUGGUGACGCAUAAUCAUCCAGUAAGUCGCGAAAUUUAUGAGGCGUACCCGGACGUUCUGUUAAAAAUGAUGCGGCGCAGCCAGUUGUCGCAAUCGAUUCUGGGUCAUCCUCCUCCUCCUAAAUUCGAGACACCCCAGCAGACGCAAAAGUACGAGCGUGCUAUGAAUACGUUUCAAUCAGUAGCUGAGACUAUGGCACGUUUGAGCGAUGAGGAUUACGAAGCGCAACUUGGUCAGCUGCAGCGGCUUUAUACGCCAGUCACGGAACAAGACCAAACUGUUUGA